ACACAUUAGUUACCGAUCGUCGUUAUCUCCCGAUAUGGCGAUAAGGUUCGAUAAACUCAAUUCAGCGACAAAUCUCCAUGAAAACAAACGUGUUGUGAUGUGACAGUUCUCAUGUGUAGUGUAGAUCCUAGUUAGUUAGUCAUAUUGGGCAUUUUCCGCAAGUCGACAACCAUUGUGUCUAUUUUGCGUGUAAAACGAGCUCUUCUACUAAACCUAGGAGUGUUUUCAGCAGGUUGCUAAAUACCUCUUUCAGUGUGUUCGGCGUACGCAAGUGGGCAUUUUUGUGAGAAGAAUCACCAAAAAUAUUUUUUCUAAGGUAGGUACCUGUUCCUCUAAAAUACUUCUACCUGUUUACACUCCAAAAUAAAGAUUUUAUUAUCUUCUGGUUCCAUGCACGCUCUGCACAUGGGGUUGUCAGUUAUACCUACGUUACUGAGGAUCCUAUCCAUGCUAGAUAGAAUCUAGUGUGAAAUAGGAAUAGCAACUGAAGUGGUGUGAAGUGACUUGGUUAGAAUGACGACUGGUGGCCCGCAGCCGAUCCUGAAGUUAUGGCACCUUCUCAGCACAUACGUUUUGACGAUACCGUUCUUCGGUCUAUUACUUCAGGGCACCCUGCUGAUCCUAGUGCUUCUGGACACCAACAUCACGCUGCUUCUCAAGAGAGAAGCUGCCUUGGGCCAUGUACCCGAGACCACUCAUGACUGGGUGACCAUCGGAUCUGGCUUAGUGGAGUUUGGUCUGGGCGCGUUCAUCGCGUGGUGUGGCCAGGCCAGGAAGAACUUUGCGCUGUCUUUCUGGCUAACAGUGACCGCUGCCGCCGGCCUGAUUGUACUCGCCUUCCCUUUUGAAAAUACUGUUGAUUCCACAGUGGAGCUAUGUGGCGGCGAAGAAAUAACAUCAUACUACAAGAGCACAGAAACCGUCGAAGACGAUCCCUGGAUCCCUCGAGUCGCCAUGCUGUGCCUGACUGCCGCGUUCUGUGUGCUCGCGCGUUUGAGUCUGUUCGCACAUGGAUUUGUCUAUGUAGAUGAUCACGAGCCUGAGCAUGGAGCGUACCAUUAUGGAAUACUGAUCACGAUCCGCCUGUCCCUGGGCCUGAACGGCGUGAACUGGCUGACCCCGGUUUCCACUAGGGAUGAGUGGUGGCACGCCCACCUGUCACUAUGCAUGCUGACCAUCAUGUUUGCAAUACUUUUUACUCUGUUCCCGAAACGCAAGAUCCAGAAUAAGGGUGUUGACAGCGAAAUGAUCAAUAAAGAAUUCUUCUCAACACUAUGUCGUGUGCUCCGCAAUAAGAUAGUGGUGGUGCAGAGCAUCGCGCUUGCCUUCCUUUCUGCCGCUGUGUUCGGCUUCGUGCGAUUUGAUGACGACAUUGUCGAGGCUCAAUUCCACAUUGAGACCAAACGACAGGACCCGCGCGCUUCAAGACAAGUCACCAAUAUUUUCCGAACUUUGGUCAUCGUCUUCUUUGUCAUGAUAUUCCGCACCCGUUUCUCCGGCCGACGGAGCGACGGCGUGAAGGCAACCACAUCGGCGCGCGUCGGUGGUAUCGUGGCUAUAGCCACCGCUGUUCCCUUGGUGGUUAUUAGCCUUCUGAGCUGCAACAUUGGGGACAUAGCUGGCAGCAAUGCGGAGUAUGGACUGCCAGUGUGCAGUAUGCAAUGUGGGUGUUCAGCUGACAGUUACGGCUUCAGCCCCGUUUGCACGAUCAACACCACCACCACUUACUUCUCGCCCUGCCUCGCAGGCUGCCAACAGGUUGAGGAUCUCAACGGGUUCCUUUUGUUCUCGGAGUGUUUAUGCGGCGGUCGCGCUGCUCGCGGGGCCUGCUCUCUGGCCGACUGCGCCCUCGUCUAAGUAUACCAGCUGCUUUUCGCGCUGGUGCUGUCUAUGGCAGGAGCCGCCCUCCUAAUGCAGGGCAUGGUAAUCGUGCGCUCCGUGCUGACUGUCGACAAAGCCGUGGCCCUGGGGACUUCGUUCGCGGUCACGGCUCUCCUCUCCCACAUUCCUGGAUACUUGCUUUACAUGCUGAUCAGCCACUUAAGCUGCGCAUACACAGCCAACGGGGGCUGCCUGUUCCACUACCCGUCGCUCUGGUCCAUGGCUUUGCUGAGCGCGGGCUUCGCUGCCGUCUCGGGAGCGCUCAGUUUAGUAUCAAGUCGACUAGCUAGAUCAAUAUCAUAGCAUUUGUAGACAA